AUGAAGUUCUCUCAUAUGUGGAGAAAAAUUCAUGGAGAAUUUUAUGAAAGAUCAAGUUCGCUUUGGACAGAAAUGGUCUUGGCUCGUCAUAAGGAUACAUUUACGGCCCCUGUAUUUAGAAGUAAACCAGAGAUUGCUGUUGGUUUCCUUCGUGGUGGAUUCUGGAAGUACAAUGCUAAGCCUUCUAAUAUUCUUGCUCUUGAUGAGGAAAUUAUUUGUGGUUGCCGGACAAGAUUUUGCUGCAGGUUUGGUGCGGAUGGGAAUCCUUCCAAGGCUUCGUUAUCUUUUGGAGGUUAG